GGCCCGGGGACGUCCGGAAUCGCGUUCAGCGUCGCGUCCGGCGUCUGCGUCGCUCAUGUUGGCCAAACUUCUGAAUAUGAUUCACGUCAAGCGGGAGGAAUUCCAGUCUCCCUGCAACUGAUAAAGAAUUAACGGGUUUGUUGAUGGUUUACUGAGAUGGGAGAAGAGUGGAAAAAAAGAGGGGGGAAAGAAAGGUUAAGCAACAACAAAGCCUCCAGCAGACCCGCGGUGAAGGGGAGGGCCUGCCUAAACAUGAUAUCCACCGGUCGCAAGCCAUUGUUCCAUGACGCCAUGUUUGGUGGGUGGAUGGAGCAGAUGGGAGGAUGGACUGGGAUUGGGAGAUGGGAUGCGAGAGAUCGUCGAGGCGGAGAGGAGUUUAGGGCCUUUGCUGGCGUAAGUGUCCCAUUGUCCAGUGGGUCGGAGGGAUUCUUCGGCGGCCCCUCGGAAAACAGAAUCUCGGGAGUUCCUGAGGAGUGCAGUGCACCGAGAACCAGUGCAUGGGCUGUGAAUGGCUUGUGCCCUGAAUCCCAACUCCAUCGGUGUGUCUCCAAUGACGUCGGAGUGGUUCCAGUCAACAUCCGAUCGCGGGUCUGUUAUUGGAUGUGCAGAUUCUGAGGGAUCCAGGAUCCGUGUUAUCCGACUCUUUUUGUCAAUGGAUGAACAAGCCGUUGUCUGUCAAUCCAUGGAUGGAUCCUGAUUUCUGUUCAGAGGCACGAUAUUCAGGAACAUUACCAGGUCUAUGUUCACCAAAGCUGUUUUUUCCCAAGUGGUUGUGACGAAGGGUGAGUGGUGAGUGGUGAA